AUGGACCAUGUCGCUUCAGAACAAUUGAAGAAGCCCUGGAUUGAGACACCUUUGAUCGAGUCCGCAGCACUCUCAAAGGCUGCCGGAUGUAGAAUUUUCCUCAAGCUGGAGUCCCUUCAACCUUCUGGCUCGUUUAAAUCACGGGGCAUUGGAAACUUGAUCCUCACAUCUCUUUCCGAUCCAUCAAACAAUGGCAAAGCCCUACAUUUUUUCAGCUCCUCGGCAGGCAAUGCAGGACUGGCAGCAGUUAUAGCCGCUCGGGAUCUCGGUUGUUCUUGUACUGUUGUUGUUCCCCUUAGCGCGAAGCCUAUGAUGAUCAAAAAGAUACGCGCUGCAGGGGCUUCCAAUGUUAUCCGCCAUGGCGCCAGUUGGUUCGAAGCUGACGCGUAUAUGCGGGAAACUUUCAUCGAAAAUCGGAACCAGGACAGCAAAUCAGAUCCCUUGACUAGGAACAUUUAUGUGCCACCAUUCGAUCAUCACGAUAUCUGGCAAGGUGCGGGGACUCUGGUUGAUGAAAUGGUCAAACAGUUACCUCCAAGGGACAACGUGGACGGCAAACCUGAUACCUAUCGUCCCUUCCCGGCAGAUGCAAUCGUUUGCAGCGUUGGUGGUGGUGGGCUUUUUAACGGAAUUAUCGAAGGCCUUGAGAGGCAUUUGCCAACCUAUCAACCGACAACACUUCAGAAGAAAGUUCGAAUCCUUGCUGUUGAAACAGCUGGGGCGGACUCGCUAGCGCAUUCGCUAGGCAUGGGUUCUUUGCAACCCAUAGCUGCAGUUACAUCGCAGGCAAUCACCCUAGGGGCACUCUGCGUGGCACAGCAGACGCUGAAAAACGUGCAAUCCCCUCCGGCCGGUGUCGAAGUCACUAGUAUUGUGGGUACUGAUGCCGAUGCUGCGAUGGGAGUUGUGCGUUUAUGCGAUGAGCUGCGGUUGGAGGUCGAGCUGGCCUGUGGAAUAAGUGUUCAAGUUGGGUUAGAUAGGAUAAGAGAAGUCAUGACGGACCUCACACCGGAUAGUCGAGUUGUAAUCGUUGUUUGUGGGGGAAACGAUGUUUCUUCUGAAAUGAUUACAGAUUACCGCCAGAGGCUUGAAAAUGGUUGGCAAUGA